AUGAGUUCAUUAGACUAUUUGAAAAAAGCUAAGACGGUGGUUGUCACAGAUACUGGAGAGUUUGAAUCAAUUGCCAAAUACAAGCCUCAAGAUGCUACCACCAAUCCAUCUUUGAUUCUGGCUGCAGCGAAAAAGCCCGAGUAUCGGAAACUGAUUGAUCGUAGUAUCGAGUAUACCAUUUCCCACUCUCAAGGCUUGGAUUCAGAUCAGCAGGCUGCAUUUGCUCUUGACAAGCUCUUGGUCGAAUUUGGAUACGAGAUUUUGAACUUGAUUCCAGGGAGAGUUUCAACCGAAGUUGACGCGAGACUUUCGUUCAAUAAAGACGCGACAAUUGCAAAAGCCCUUGAACUGAUCUCACUUUAUGAAGAACGGGGAAUCUCCAAGGAUCGAAUCCUGAUCAAAAUUGCAGCUACCUACGAAGGAAUCCAAGCUGCAAAAGAGCUCGAGGAAAGAUACGGUGUUCAUUGUAAUUUGACUCUUUUGUUCUCGUUCAUACAAGCAGUUGCAUGUGCUGAAGCCAAAGUCACUCUCAUUUCUCCGUUUGUGGGAAGAAUUCUGGAUUGGUAUAAAGCCACCAAGGGAAAAGACUACACCCAGGAGAAUGAUCCGGGCGUUCUAUUCGUUAAGAACGUCUUCAACUACUAUAAGAAGUUUGGCUACAACACCAUAGUGAUGGCUGCAUCAUUCAGAAACGUUGGUGAGAUCGAAGAAUUGGCAGGCUGCGACUAUUUAACAAUCGCCCCAAACCUCCUUGAAAAGCUGCACAACUCAAAAAAGAAAGUUGCCAGAUCGCUCAACUCGGCUCAAAGUAGUAGUCAGUACAGCGGCGACAAAGUCACAAUCAUUGACAACGAACCACUGUUCCGCUUCGAGUUCAAUGAUGAUCAAAUGGCUACCGAAAAACUUUCCGAAGGGAUUCGUAAGUUCUCAAAGGAUACGGAAGAGCUUCUUGCAUUCCUGAAAUCCAGCCUACAGGAGAGAAAAAGAAACUCUAAAUUGUGA